GGAGCGGCGAGAAGAGGGUGGUUGCCAGCGCCUGCGCCGUAGGAAGAAAAGAGAAGGCGGCCUUGACAGCUUGUGCCUGGCGUGCCGUAGAAGCGGGGGGAAGCGAGUAGCGACGCUGGCGCAUGCGUGAUAGCGGGCAGGCGCGGGGGGCGCGGGUGGAGAGAGCCGCCGCCGCCGCCGCCUGGGCGCUGAGAGGAUUCCCCAGUUUCUGCGCCGCCGCCGCUUCCCCCCUGCCGCCGCCGCCGCCGCCUGGGCCUGCUUAGCCGCCGCUGUCGUUGGAGUCCCGGCCCCUCCCGUGGGGAGGCAGGAAGGUCCCGGGAGCCGACGGGACAGGAGGGACCAUGUCCGGGCGCGCCCAGAGCGGCAAGCUGUCCACGACGGAGCGCAUCGUGAAGGCGGUCCCUUUCCCCCCUACACAGCGGCUAACUCUGAAAGAGGUUUUUGAGGAUGGGAAGCCCAGGUUGGAGAUCUUAAAGAACCACUUAGUGAAAGAAGGGCGCCUGGAAGAGGAUGCCGCACUGAAGAUAAUAAAUGAUGGAGCUGCGAUUCUGAGGCAUGAGAAGACCAUGAUUGAAGUCGAGGCUCCAAUCACAGUGUGUGGUGACAUCCAUGGGCAGUUCUUUGACCUGAUGAAGUUGUUUGAAGUUGGAGGAUCACCCAAUAACACUCGCUACCUCUUCCUGGGAGACUAUGUGGACAGAGGCUACUUCAGUAUAGAGUGUGUGCUGUAUUUAUGGAGUUUAAAGAUCAACCAUCCCAAAACCCUUUUCCUGCUCCGAGGGAAUCACGAGUGCAGGCACCUCACGGAAUACUUCACCUUCAAACAGGAGUGUCGAAUCAAGUACUCGGAACGGGUGUAUGAUGCAUGCAUGGAUACCUUUGACUGUCUUCCUCUUGCUGCCCUUUUGAACCAGCAGUUCCUGUGUGUACAUGGAGGGCUGUCUCCUGAAAUCACAUGUCUAGAUGACAUUAGGAAAUUAGACAGGUUUAAGGAACCUCCAGCCUUUGGUCCAAUGUGUGACCUACUGUGGUCUGACCCAUCAGAAGAUUAUGGCAAUGAGAAGACACUGGAACAUUUUACCCACAACACUGUUCGAGGUUGCUCCUAUUUCUACAGUUACCCUGCAAUCUGUGAAUUUUUGCAAAACAAUAAUUUGUUAUCUGUGAUCCGAGCACAUGAAGCCCAAGAUGCCGGGUACCGAAUGUACAGAAAGAGCCAGACUACAGGUUUUCCAUCACUAAUCACAAUCUUUUCUGCACCAAAUUAUCUAGAUGUGUAUAACAACAAAGCUGCUGUGCUGAAAUACGAAAACAAUGUCAUGAACAUCAGGCAGUUCAACUGUUCUCCACACCCCUACUGGCUUCCAAAUUUCAUGGAUGUUUUCACGUGGUCUCUGCCUUUUGUAGGGGAAAAGGUUACAGAGAUGCUGGUGAACAUCCUCAACAUCUGCUCUGACGAUGAGCUCAUUUCAGAUGGAGAUGAAACAUUGGACGAUAACUACAUUUCAAGCUAUCCGAAAGGAGGCACAAAUGCCCGUAAAGAGAUCAUCAGGAAUAAGAUCAGGGCCAUUGGGAAGAUGGCACGCGUCUUUUCAGUUCUGCGAGAGGAGAGUGAGAGCGUGCUAACGCUCAAAGGCCUGACUCCCACAGGUACUCUGCCCCUGGGAGUCCUCUCGGGGGGGAAGCAGACUCUACAGACUGCUACAGUAGAAGCGGUAGAGGCACGGGAAGCCAUCCGUGGAUUCUCACCACAGCACAAGAUCCGCAGCUUCGAAGAAGCCAGGGGGCUGGACCGCGUUAAUGAGCGCAUGCCACCACGCAAAGAUUCAAAGCACCCCGAUGGGCCGGUGAACUUAACCUCAACAAACUCUGCGGAAAAGAACGGGACAGGGAAGAAAGCCCAGUAACAGUUCGAGCCGCCCAGUCUGUAUCACUAAAGGAUCCAAAACUUAACGAAUUCUAUUUAUUUAUUAUGAAGUCGGGGGGGAGGGGGGAUGAAACCAACUUAGCCUGGAGGCACAUCCAUAAUCCAGUUUGCAUCCAUUCUGUAAGAGAGGUGACCAUUUUGUAAGUUUUUUAAAUUUUAUGUUCAAUAUAUGAAAUGUCAUCUUUUUUUAAUUUAGGAAUGGGUCUAAAUACUAGUGCUUAUAUAAAGUGUUGUUCUGUACAGAUGGCCAAUCCCUUCCAAGAGGGAAGGAGCCUGUGUUGGGGGAAGGAAGCCGAAGCAGCCCAGGCGACUCUCCGCUCUGAGUCAUGGGAACUGUUUAGGCCAUCCUCGUUUCAAAAAGUGGCAUCUUUGAUUUGAAAGCAACCUCCUCCUCCUCCCCCCCUCCUCCUCCCCCACCCCAGCUUUUGCUGUUUUAUCUUCUAUUCCUUACAGCAUCUGAUGCUCCAGCAGCUGACUUCCAUUAAAGGCACGUUGCACAGGGCAGUUGGUCAACUCUCCUUUUUGGGACCCCGUGUCAGAGGCAGAUGUUUGAAUUCAGCUCCAGACAAGUUGCUGGAACUGGGGAAUGAUGCGCGCUCUUCUCCCCUCUCUGCCACCUCAAAUGUUCCCAUUGCUUUUUCCUUCAGGAAUCCAGUUUCAGUGGAGUAAUAAAAAUCUCUUGGAAUAAACCAAUAGGUGGGCUUUGAUGAAUGUGAUCCCGUGGUCUCCAUUCAUCUGAAAGUAUCUCUCUCUUGAGUCCACCCGGCUGACUGCUCGCAUAUUCCAAGAACAUAACCAGACACUCAUCGGCAUCACACAGGUGGAAUUUACGCUGGCUUCUCUGACACAAAAACAGCCGCCACAGAUUGCCACAGAGUCACGAUUUUAAUGUGAAAAGCUGUAUGAGAUUAAUGCUUUGGGAAAGAGGCCCUUGCGCUUCUUCCCACCUUCUGCUCUUCCCAUGCUCUGCACCAGAACGGCUCCACGGCGUGAGCCCCAGCACGAAAUAUCUAUGCGAUUUGGCCUCCUGCGUUCCCAGUUAAGUAUGUAUUAGCAUUGCUAGUGAUGUGGGGAAUAUGAGCUGUAGGAAGAAGCUGUUGUUUUGAGUGAGUCCUGUGCCAAUAGAGCUGCUCUCCCUUGUCCGGAUCAUGCCACAUGCAUCGCCCAGCCUUGGGGCAUCAUACGCCUAUGGCUAGGAGGGGAACCCACUUAGGCUGUGAAUGGGAGCUGGGCUGGGGUCAGCAAGUCAGACGGGCCCCCACAGUUUGGCUUCCGCAUGCAACCAGCGACGCUUUUUCAGGAUGAAUAUAAAAGGCUUCUUAGUAACCUCAAAGACACACUCAGUCUGGGCUACUGACUCCUGCUUGCCUCAUCCUUGGAAUAAGCUGCCUUUCAUAAGACUCUGGAGUCGCCCAGCAAGCUUGGGCUGAAUUCCCGCCAUCAAAGCCCCUUCCAUCAGCAUUGGCUUAAGGGUCUGGGUGUCUGCAGUCCUGCCGUGCUCUCCUCAUCUCCCUGGGGCUGAACCUGGAGAGGCAGCCCAGCUGUUCUGCUCUGCAGCAGGAGCCCCUGCUGUUUGCUUCUCUCUCCUCUCUCACCACCCCUGUCUUGCAAAAGUGACAGCUGUGGCUUGCUUUGCCCUGUACGUGGAGAGGGUGUUUGUGGACAGGCAGAUCCCUUAAUGCUCAGUGGAUGCGUGCCUGGAAGUCUUUUUAGGCCAGCGCUCCUGGCACGCGUCCACUGUGUGUUCAGGAAUGUCCACCUGCUUUUUACCUUUUGUGUUUACCGCGGGAAAUGCUGGGGUGCCCACGGCCCGCACAGGUGAUAAGUAACUCAGCGGUGGGCUGCAGCGGCUCCGAGUUUUCAGUCUUGCAUCUGGCAAAGCAAAGCUUGCCUGCUCCUCAAAGAAAAGACCUGGAAGAGUAAUGAAGACCCGAUUGCUCUGUUGAUGGAAAAUCUCUAUCUUGAUGUGUGGCGAGAAUUUUUAACCCCACUGUGGGCUUUGCAGAUUCAGGAAACUCGCUUACUAUAGGCUGAAAUGAGAGCCCUCAGUUGGUCUUGGGGUAAUUUCUGAGAGGCAGCGGUGAUGUGCCCAUUCUAUAAUGAGGGCAGGUACCUUUUUUUCAGCAAGAAAGUUACAGGUGUAUGGAUGCUGCAGGUGGGAAGUUAGAGGGGUGAAGCUUAGAAAUGCUGCGAUGACCAGCGUUCUGACCAUUCUGUUCUUUCUAAAUUCAUGAGCGAGUGGGCACGGAGAAUCCUCUGAAGAGUUGAGAGGGAAUUCAGAAGUAGAAGCAGGGGUUGCUCGGCAGCUGAAGCCGAGAGAUGGUAUUCACGACGAGCUCCUUGACGUGACCGAGCAAAUGUGUUCCGCGUUGUAGAAGCGACCCUUGUGUCUGCAGUAAUGAGUCUGCAGAGUGCUCCUUAUUCUAACUGUGAUGCAAAACAGGCAAUGGUGGUGGUGGUGGUGUUUUUAAUCCAAACUUGGUCAUUUGUUGGAAAGAGGUACAGAUGCCCUUUCCUUGGAAUUACCUCACUUAGUUCAGCCAUUGCGGGCUCUGGUUAUGGUUUGCUUGAACCAGUCUUCCACAGGUAGCUCCUCCUCGCAUGCUCUUCGGUCUUAGUUCGAUGGCUCAAUCAGGCAGCACAAAACUGUCCUCCGUAAAGCUGGCUAUUCAUCUCCCUGCAGCUGUCCUCUUCUCGCUGUGGAGGUUAGACUUUUCCUCGGUAGAGAGAGCGCUGUCUGGAAUUCCGACAUGGGUUGGUUUGACCACAUUUCAGAGCAGAGGCAGUGUGGGGGCUCAUGUACUCAUUGCCACCCUUUUUGCACAAGCUGUAGCCUUUCGCUAGGCUGAUAGACAGUCCGGUCUUGGAUGGAGGGUCUCCAAUUGGAGAGACAUCAACUUUUACGGAGCAGAGGGAACUCUCCCUUCGUUGCAUCUUGUUUGGGUGGCAAGUCUGUAAGCUCUGUGCUUGCCCUCCUGAUGUUCUGGGAAUGCAUAAAAAUGUUCACCAGGGUUGUUGGGCUUCCUUGUGCAUUUGCAUAACAUGCAAAUGCUGGAACUCCUGGGUGUGGGAGGAGCUCCAAGUAUGUAUGGAAGCCAAGCCAUGUGUUGGGCAGAAAUCUUUAGAUAACCCAAAGAGCCACAUAGAAGCCACUGUGGGGCCUGUGGCAACCAUAUCACCUGAAUCCAUACAGUUCUGAAUCCUCUUGUGUCUGUUUUUUGUUUUAGUGUAAGGAAGAUACGGUCAACUUCUCCCUGCUCAUCACUUUCUGGAAAUGUUGAUUCUUGGCAAUGGUGUACAUACCCCUCUUUGCCUACCAGGUGGUUGAAACUUUAUACAUGGCCUACAUUUUUAUUUAAACAGAAAAUACAUUUGGGCCCUGAAAUGCCAUGCUUCUGGCUCACCCUUGCAGACUAGCGAGGCACAUCCUACAUUUCUUUGUCCCACACUUGGCUUUCUCUCCUCUCAAGCAGAAUGGUGUUCUCAAAGCCACUACUGCUUGCUAACUAUCAGAGUUUUCCAGGUGUGGCGGUCUUUGCCCUGUGGAUCUAGGAGGAUUCCUCCACCUGGUCUUCCGCAUACUUGGAUUGCAUCACACUGGAGAGACGGGGGUGCCUGAAAUGGUAGUGCCAAGCUGCCCUGUGUUCUAGUACAGAGAUGCCCCUGGAUCUGCUGGGGCAGCUGUUCAACGGAGGUGUCACCGCUGGGAUGGGAGGGACGCCUUUUCUCCCACAGUAAAGCCCUUUACUCUGGGCUCUUCUCCUUGGCUCUUCCCCUUCACUCAGACACCCUGAAGGAGAAAAAGAUCCCGUGUUUCACUUAGGAAGUCUGUAUAAAUCACAGGUCGUCAGGCCAAGCCUCAGUUCUGGUUGCUGAGGGACCGCUGGAGCUGGAAUGGCUUGUUUUCUUGGCACAGCAUGCCGUGUUCUGGAGCAAGGGGGGUGGGGAAUGAGCAUUGACACCGUUUGGGGGAGUGCGGGUGUUAAUCCCCCCUCUUAGCUAAUGCUUCUUCUGUAGGACUUGCUCCGCUGCCUUUCCCUGCUUUCACUGUAAGAGUGAAACUCCUGGUGCUCAGAAGGCAGAAGCACGCAAUAAUGGGUCAGCCCUGCUCCUGGAGAGGAGCGAACUCUUAGUAGCUACAGUCCGGCUUCCUCUUCAUCAUUUUGCCAUCUUAGCGAACAGUUGGAAGCCAGUGUCCGGCAUUCGGCACAGAGGCCUUAUGCUGGCCUGCUUUCCUUCUGGCCUGGGGAAGAGACGCCUCCCAGUCCUGAAAUGCCAUUGGCACCAGUUUGCUGAAGGCCAAUGUGGCACUUUUUGGCCUCCUGACCAGAAUUCUGAAGCUGGGAGAGAAACCGGGUAUGUGUAACUCAGCUGCCUGGAUCUCUUAACCGCGGUUACGGGGUGGGGAGUGGAGUGUCUGCUCACAGAGCGGCCCUCAAAGCGAAUGGCAGCCAAGAUCCAGCGCUGCAAAAGGAGCAUCCGCUAUCCACCUUUAAAAGUGACUUCCCAGGUGUGGCAUGAGAGUGAUGCUGUCCCAUCCUAGACCUAUAAAGGGGGAGAACUCGAUGUGCUUGGUUUGGUCGUGUGGGUGGGUGGGAUUAAAUAGAGCUGUCUGCCCCAUCCUGCCUGCCUUGGAGCUGUGAAUGCUUGAUGAGGUUAGCUUCGUUUCUACUCCUCUUCCCUCCCCUCCCCUCCCCUCCCCUCUCCUCCAUUGUGGUGGUGUUGGCUUUUAAUGUCAGAGACAAUCUUGAGCAAUGAAAGCAGCAAAAACUUUUAAAAAUUAAAAGCCAGGAAAACCGCCUUCCAGUCUGCUGGAUUCCAGAGUAUUAAUGGCUGUGUGCACUGCCCCCUUAACUGUGAGGUUGCCUAAAAGCAGCCUUUUCAUUUUUCUUUUUAACUCUUAUCUUGCAUGAUAGAAAGCAAGGUGCAUGUGAAAAGGAGGGGAGUCCACAAUGGGGUCUUCCAAACUUCAGGAACAAAGGUGCUUUCACCUCCUUAAAGAGAACCUGUCCUUCCACAGCCCAUUCACCUCUCCCUGAGUUAGCUAAUCUAGCUCAAUUCUGCAGUCAGUUCCGGGGCACCCUGCCAGCUUUGCUCAUGCCAAACAAGGUGGAAUCGCAAACCCCUGGGGCUGUGAGCUGAGGACCGAGGUUCUUGAUUCUGAAGUGAUGUUUGCCCAUUGCCUGGAGACUGCCUCCUUUCUUUUUCUUGCUCUUUUUUCAGUUAUGUUUAAAGGAGAAUGGUGAACAAUGUUAUUUAUUGGCAGAAAUUAUUUAAUAUAAUUUCUCUUUUGUGAACAAGGAAUGAAUUUGUUAGAACUGUCUUAAUGUAAAUUGGAAAGUCAUCUUUAAGAGAAAAAAACGUUAAAAUUAAAUGACAGUUGUUUGG